UGCCUCCGGAUGAUCCCAUAAUUAUUGGAGGGCCCGUCAUUAGUCUGCGAGCUGGAGAUCCUCUGAAUCUGACCUGCCACGCGGACAAUGCUAAACCAGCAGCAUCCAUUAUUUGGAUGAGGAGAGGAGAAGUAAUAAAUGGAGCAACCUAUUCCAAG